CUCUUCGGCUGUUGUGUGGCGCCGCCGGGAGCGGAGUGGUCGUGCAGGCUCCGCCAUGAUGAACAGCGGAGGGAUCGGGGUGCCGCUCGGCUUCCCCUUGGGCCCUACGUCUGUCAUCCAGGUCACGAACUUGUCCUCGGCAGUGACCAGUGAGCAGAUGCGCUCUCUCUUCGGCUUCCUGGGAGAUAUCGAGGAGUUGCGUCUCUAUCCCCCGGACAACACACCUCUUGCUUUUUCCUCCAAAGUAUGUUAUAUUAAGUUUCGUGAAGCAUCAAGUGUUGGUGUGGCCCAGCAUCUAACAAACACGGUUUUUAUUGACAGAGCUUUGAUAGUUGUGCCCUGUGCAGAAGGUAAAAUCCCAGAUGAAGCCAAAGCCCUUUCUCUAUUGGCGCCUGCUCCUAUUAUGACAAGCCUGAUGCCUGGUGCAGGAUUGCUUCCUAUACCUACACCAAACCCUUUGACUACACUCAGUGUUUCACUUGGCACUUUGGGGGCUGUACCAACAGCAACAUUGGACUCUACCAUUACGGCUCUGGGAGAAAUACCACAACCACCAAUUAUGGGGAACGUGGACCCAUCCAAAAUUGAUGAAAUCAGAAGAACAGUCUAUGUUGGAAACUUGAAUUCACAGACUACAACAGCAGAUCAGCUGCUUGAAUUCUUUAAACAAGUUGGAGAAGUCAAAUUUGUGCGAAUGGCAGGUGAUGAGACACAACCAACACGAUUUGCUUUUGUGGAAUUUGCAGACCAAAACUCUGUACCUCGAGCUCUUGCCUUUAACGGAGUUAUGUUUGGAGACAGGCCACUGAAAAUAAAUCAUUCCAAUAAUGCAAUAGUGAAGCCUCCUGAAAUGACACCACAAGCUGCUGCCAAGGAACUGGAAGAAGUGAUGAAGAGAGUAAGGGAAGCCCAGUCUUUUAUAUCUGCUGCUAUUGAGCCAGAGUCUGGAAAGAGCAGUGAAAGAAAAGGCGGUCUAUCUCGUUCCCAUUCUCGUUCAGAAUCCAGGUCUAGCUCAAAAUCCCGAUCUAGAAGGAAAAGAUCACACUCAAAACACAGAAAUAGAUCUGGCAACAGAUCGCUCUCAAGGCACAAGGACAGACACAGAUCCAGAAGUCCCCUGAAAAAACAGUCUAGAUCUAGGGAAAGGUGGAAAUCAAGAAGUCGCUCUCAUUCUUGGGACAAGAAAAGAGACAAAGAAAAGGUCAAGGAAAAAGAAAAGGCCAAAGAAAAUGAGAGAGACCGAGACAAAGAGAAGGAGAGAGACCAGGACAGAGACAAAGAAAGGGAAAGAGAGCAAGAUAAAGAGAGAAACAGGGAUAAGGAGAAGGACCAGGAGAGAGAGAGAGAGCAAAACAAAAAUCAAGAGAGAAUCAGAGACAAAGAUAGGGAUAGGGACAGGAACAAGAAUAAGGCCAAAGAUAGGGACAGGGAAAAAGACAAAGAUAAGGAAAAAGACAGGGAAGAGGUAGAGCAGAACAAGGAAAAAGAUGAUGUUGAGAAAGAGGGGGAGAAGGACAGGGGGAAGAUUAAGAACAAGGAGGGAGAUAAGGACAAAGGAGAGGACAAAGAAAAGGAAAAAGAUGAGGAUAAGGAGGAGCAAGAAAGAGAAAAAGAGAGAGAUGAUAAAAAGAAGAAAGAUAAGAGAUCCAGAACACCCCCAAGAAGCUAUAGCUCUUCAAGAAGAUCUCGUAGCUCCAGCAGGGAAAGGCAUAAAAGGAAGAAUAGAAGUCCCUCCAAGUCUCCUAAAACAUCUAAAACAACAAAUAGAAAGUCUUCACAAACUCCUUCUCCAAGAAGAAACAAGAAAGAAAAAAAAAGAGAGAAGGAUACAAAUAAUGAAAUAAGAGAAAGGGAACACUCCACAUCCAAGAAAAAAAGUAGUAAAGAAAAAGAGGAAAAUGAGAAAUCUGACAAAAGCACCACUACUUUGAAGGACAAAGAUCACACUAAAGAGGAUCCAAAUUCAGAAACUGACAAGGAAGUAGGCAGAGAUACAAAAAGGACAGAUGAAGUCGAACUACAACAGAAUGGAAACUGUCAACCAAAUGAUGAAAACCUCUUAAUUAAAAUGGAAGAGGUUUAAAGCGAAGAACGGGCCUAUGACUCAACUAAGGAAUGAAAUGGAAAGCUUUUUCUUUUUCAGAAUGAAGAAGAAAAUGUCAAAGCAAUCAACCUGAACUAGUAGCUCUUCCAAUUAUUGUGAUAGCUUUGUUGAUUUCUUGCUGUAAAGCAAGAGAGCAAGGACCAGUAUUUAUACAAUGAAAAGGCAGAUGCCAUCAGAACUAUUAAUCUUUGAAAAUCCAUGUAUUUCCAUGAUGGCUAUACUUAUUUGUAAAAUUAUUUAUGUUAAGUUUUGCCGUAAGCUGUUACAAAUAAGUAGAAACAGAAAGAUGUAAACCUGUACUAUCCAAACAAAGAUGAAGAUAUGCGUUGAAGGUUGUUUAAAAGAUGUUGAUGAAUUUUGUAUUGUUUUACUUUGUGGGUUAAAAGAUCCACAAAAACUUCAGUGUGUACUGUUUGAUGUGCUUGGAAAUGGUGCAUAAAUAUACAUGAUUUCUUUUGCUUUAAAUGAAAACUAUAGAAAAAGGGUUUUUAAACAUAAACACAGUUUUAUGGUUCUUAUGCUAAAUGCCCACUGACUAGUUUGUUUUUCAUUUGCUCACUGCUUGAGAUUCUUAUGUUUUUUUUAAAAUAAUUUCUUACUAAUAUCCCUUAAAUGAAUAUUUUUUUUAAAGUAUUUGAACAAUGCAUGAUAUUUUCUGUUCCUAAAAGGAACAUUGCCAUAUUAUAGAUAAUAGGUUAGCUUACUGGUUUAUUUUUGGGUUGCUUUAGUUUGUUGUCUUUUUUUUGUCUUUCCAGAAAGUGAGCACAUCUGUAUAUUAUUAGAACUUACAGCUUUGAUUUGAGCCAUACUGCAUUGUGUCUGUACAGCUACAAAUAGUACAGGUGUCAUUAUCAAAAUAUUUUUUCUUAUUUGUUUAAAAAAAUAUGAGAGCACAAGCAGAAGCUUUUGUGCCUUCCAAAAACAAUGUGGAAUUUUCUAGAAAUGUAUAUGUGCUUUUACUCAUUUUCAGCUAAAUCUUACAUGAUCUCUAUUGAUAUUUUGCUACUACUAUACUGUAGACAAGAAUGCAAGUGAUUUGUCAGAAUGAUUGAUUCACUUGUUAAAAUACUAAAGCUCCAUUUUUACUUUUUUUUAAUGUUUAGAAGAGAUUUAUAGGUAAAAGCAAAGAUGCAUUUUGGGGAAUACAAAGCAUUUUCUGAUCACCUGCAUCAAAGACAGCCCUUUAAACAUUUAAUCUGUGUUUGGAUGGCCUUAAAUGUUACCUCUCUAUCAUAAUCUCUCAUACUUGUUGGAUGAUAUAAAAGGAAUUGUAUGCAAAGCUGAGGGGAUAAAUAAUUUAGGAAAAAAACUCUUAAUUUACAUAGGAGUUAUAUGGUAGAAAUUAUUUUUUCAUUCUUUAAAGAGAGAGCAUGUAAAGAAGAGAAUGACAAAGCAAGUAUUUUUGUCAAGGUAAAACAUGGCUUGUGCUCUCUGAACUAAUUUAAUCAGUUUCAUCAUUGUGAGAUUUCUUAGGAGUCAUACCUUUAAAAUGUAUACCUAAAAUCAAUUAGUUUAUUUUUAAUACAACUUAAUGCAAUCAAAGUACUUAAUUGCCUUACCUCAUGGGAAGAGUUAUUUCUUUCAGUUAAAAGAACCUUGAAUAGCGUAUCAACUAUUUGUUUUCAAUUUGUUUUUCUUUUCCUUUGCAUAGUUAAUUCUUACCAAAAAAAAAGCAUAUUACACAGAAUGAAAAAUUUGCCCAAUUCCUAAGGUAAUGAAACUCAAUUUGAUUGUGAAGCUGCUUAAUCACUCUUCAUUUUUUAAAUGGAAUUUUAUGUUCUUGCCACUGUCUACAUUUAAGACUAUAGAAAAUACUUUACUGUGUAAAGUAUAGACAGUCAUUUUUGUGAUGUUUAAGCCACCUGCUGUUGGCUGGUAAACAGCUUAUUCUGUUAAAAUAAUGACAAAUCUGCAUGCUUAUAGAAAGACUGUGAAGGAUUGUGUUUUGCAACAACAGCUGUCUUAUUUAUGAUGUGUAAGUAGCAUAGAGCAAAGAGAUUCUUUGUAUACUCGUUAUCUUGGGUACCAUUUCACUAAUAAAAUUAAGUAUUUUAGAGGGAAGUUUGUGCCGAUACAUACUUUUAGUUGAUCUGAUCUUAUUCAGGCAGCUUCUUUGAUUUGAAAUGUGGAUACAAGUUAAAAUAAUCGUAUUAUUUAUAAUAUCUUUGAAAAGCUACAUUUCUACUUUGGGAGAAAUUAUAAUUCUUGCAGUAUAUCACAUUUCAGCUGAGAUUAGUUUGAUAUCCUGAUUUUUGUUAUCCUGAAUUUGCAUAGCAGUUACAUUUAUUUACUUUCUAUGUAAAGGAUUGUGUACAGUUAGCUAAGAAACAUACCUUUGAAAAUUAAUAGUUAAGGAUGGCUGACUUACUAGCUAAAUUAUCAUGUGUGUAAGUCCACAUGCAGCACAUUGUUAUAUUGUAUGUAAAUGAAUGGUUCCCUCACAAUUAUUUUUUUUUAAGGCAAACAAACAAAAGAAAAUCCACCAAACACAUUAAUUCCCCCCAGUCAUAUUUUCUUACAAAUGUUAUAUAUUCUGGUUUUGCUUUGUAAAUACUGUGCAGAUCUGUGAAGUAGUUAAGUUACAUCUAUUCAUAUUAGGUGUUUUAUGGUUCCCCUCUUAUUAUAAAGCCACCACUAGAGAACUAUUAUUCUGUAAAAUUCCUAUCUCUGCAGAGGGUGGCUCAUUUUUAAACCAGUAGCACAGCACAGUAAUGAAGUUCCUGCUUGCUCCGCUGGGAUUGUGUGCAUGAUCCAUUAAAUGUGUACAUCUUCCACUGUAAGUUCAUUGCCUUCAUCGUUAAUAGUUUGCAUGCUGCACUGCCAGGUCAAGUUGUUUGGUUUUGCAUUUUUUUAAAUGAGAUUAAAUUGAGUGGAGGUUUUGAAAACAGUGUAGUUCAUUAUAGCUGUAUUGUUUUAAAUAUAAUGUAAUUUGAAUCAGCCUUUAUUUGAAAACAUUGUGACUCAUAAUUACUCAGAUAAGUGAUUAUAUGGUAUAAAGCGCUUAUGUGGAAGCUUCCAUUAGUGAUGACAAGUUAUUUCAUAACAGUGUUUCUGGAAAACAGAUAGGAUUUUUCUUUGGAUUUUAAAAAAGGAAGGUAGCAAAAGACAACUGCUGGUGAAUGAAGCAGGAUUCCAAGCUCAAAAUAGAGGUGGCUGUGACUUAAAUACUUAAUACUUAAAUUGAAGUAAAUGAUAAACCCAGAUGUGAGAGAUGAAAUUUUGUUUGCAAACAGUUAGUAGUAGGGUAUGUGAAAAAUCUUGGUUUUCAGAAUUAGAACUAAGGGGGGGAAAAAAAGCACUUAGUUUGGAAACUAGAAACAUCUGAACAGUGCCUAAGAAAUUGGUGAGGUGUGGGUUCUAUCUACUCAUUAGUUGCCUGCUAAUUUCUUUGCAAUUUCAGAUAGAUACGUCUGAACCAGCUUUAAAUCAGCUGGCUAACAGUGGCAACCUACACACAGCUUGGAUUCUGAAAUGAACUGACCAUUUGAGUGCAUUUACUCUGCUGCUAAGAAGGUAAAUUCUGCAGUCUGAAGCAUGCUUGUCAUUGCUUGCUAGUGUUGUAGUAACUGCAUUUCCAGUUACAUCUAAGGCAAUACCUGAAAUGAAUUUGAAACUCUGCAAAUCUAUUUGUUACAUGGUUGCUUAUCUGUGUUGCCCUUAGCUUGAACUGGUAUUUUGUAAUAGCUUUUAGAUUUAGGGAUUUCUGUGAUUUUUCAUUUGGUCUAAGGAAGAGGUAAUUAGUAAAAGCUGCCUUUGUAUGAUACAAAUUCUUUUAUACUGCAUACUUGUCCUCAUUACUGUGACCAGUUAUUUCUUUCAUUCAUGUGUAUGACUGUUGCAAGCAGUAAUGCCAUAGUGAUGUGUAUAUCUUCUACUUUUAGGUCUGGAGCAUCUCUGCAUCACUGUCUUUUUGUUAGUUUGUAAUGAAAUAUUUUUUCUUAGUUUGAAAAUUACAUUAUAAUUGUAAACCAAAUAAUUUUAAAUACGUGAAUUCUGAACAACGAAGUAUUGUAAAUUGGGGCAUAUUACGGGUCCCAUCUGCCACUUGGUAAUACUUUCAGUUUUAUAGCAAUGGAUUAUUUUGCCUUUGGUGUUGUCAGAAUUUUAAAAGUGAGAAUUGGACUUAGUGACACAAAUGCUGAGAUCUGUAAAUGGCUAAAAUAGUGUAAAUUAGUAGGUGCUCAGUUCAGAGAGAUGUAGUUUUCUCACAAGAGAAUGGACUGCGGACAGAUGAAAUUUGCAAAUAUUGUUAGUGUUAUUACCUAAAGAGAAUCUAAGACUUAAUUUUGUUUGCUAAUAUGUAAACAGAAAAAAAAAAAAGUUUUCAGCCUGUACCUGUCACAGUCUGACUCAGGAUCUACAACAAUGCUCUCGAUCCCCUUCCCCUCACCCAGAUAGGGAAGGAGAGAGAUAAUGAGGAGAGAGAUGCUCUGUAUUGAAAACUAAACUACACAGCUUUAAUUAAACACUAAUGAUAAAAGAAAAUAUGUACAAUUAUAUACAAAUGUGUUCAGGAAAUGUGCAAAACCCCUAUUGCCUCCCCCCACCCCCAGCAACUCCCACAGCACUCUCCUUAGCUGCAAACAGUCUUGAAAAGUCCCAGACUGCUGCUGGAGAGAGCACAGAGUUAUGAGGGUCAGGAGAGCUCGAGCCUAGGGGUCGACGGUGAUGGAUGGACGGAGUCCUCCCUGGACGCCAGUCAUGGACGGAAGAGAAGGGAAGAAGAAGCAGGAAGGAAGUUGUCAUCUGUGAUCUCUGACCUUCCUCUGAGCUUACAUAGAUAUAUGGAAUGGAAUAUCUCUGGCCAGUUUUGCUGUCUGUCUAAUUCAGCCUUCUAUGGGGGUGGGUCAUAGAUCUCCCAGUAGUGCCUGAUCUGGCAGGGCAAAGACGUGACCUUGAAGUCCCAGCAGUUAGAAAAACAUUCCAGCAUUUGUUAUCAUUCCAAGCUGGAACACUUUGCUACUAGUUAAAAGAAAGCUUACUGAAGGAAAAAAAAUCAGUAAAAGGAGAAGUGGUUUCUUCCUGGCUCAAACAAGGACAGUACCUUAGGUUUAUUUUUAUAUGUUAAAAAGUGUAAUUAAAUUAAUAGUGAAAACUAAAAGCACUGUAUAAAAGAGAUUUUUUUUUAAUGUAAGAAAAAUACCCUUAAUUUUAAACUUCUCAGAAAUGUCUCUGUAUACAGUAUUGAUUUUUAUUUCAAAUUAAAGAAUGCUUCAUUUGUAGGUAAGUCCUGUUGCAGGAUCUGAGCAUGUUAGAAUGGGGUUUUCUUCUGUCUUUUCUAAUAUAAAACAGCUUAAUAAACUUGUUUCACAAUA